GGGAGGUGAUUGAGGAAGGCACCCAGCAAGGACUGGGCAGGGCAGGGAGUCAGCAGGCGAGCAAGGGGCGUGCUGGGUCUUCAGCCUUUUUUCCACCGCUGCCGUCCAGGAGGAUGGAGGCCCUCAAUGAGUCUGCCCAGUUCAACUUCUCCCUGCCGCACAACUUCGGCAAGCGGCCCACCGACUGGGCGCUGAGCGUCAUCCUGGUGAUCAUGCUGUUAACCAUCAUGCUCUCACUGGGCUGCACCAUGGAGUUCAGCAAGAUCAAGGUGCACUUCUGGAAGCCUAAGGGGCUGGCCAUCGCCCUGGUGGCGCAGUACGGCGUCAUGCCCCUCACUGCCUUUGCACUGGGCAAGGUCUUCCAGCUGAACAACGUCGAGGCACUGGCCAUCCUGAUCUGUGGCUGCUCGCCGGGGGGGAACCUCUCCAACGUCUUCACUCUGGCCGUGAAAGGGGACAUGAACCUCAGCAUCGUGAUGACCACCUGCUCCACCUUCUUUGCCCUGGGCAUGAUGCCCCUCCUCCUGUACAUUUACUCCAGGGGCAUCUAUGAUGGGACCCUGAAGGACAAGGUGCCCUAUGGCGGCAUCAUCAUAUCACUGAUCCUGAUUCUCAUUCCUUGCACCAUAGGCAUCAUCCUCAAAUCCAAACGGCCACAAUACGUACAUUAUGUCACCAAGGGAGGGAUGAUCCUCCUGCUUUUGUGCAGUGUGGCUGUCGUAGUGCUCUCUGUCCUCAAUGUGGGCAAGAGCAUUUUGUUUGUCAUGACACCACACUUGUUGGCCACCUCCUCCCUGAUGCCUUUCAUCGGCUUCCUGCUAGGCUACAUUCUCUCUGCUCUGUUCUGCCUUAACAGACGGUGCAGACGCACCGUCAGCAUGGAGACUGGAUGCCAAAAUAUUCAACUCUGCUCCACCAUCCUCAACGUGACCUUCCCCCCUGAAGUCAUUGGACCACUUUUCUUCUUUCCUCUCCUUUAUAUGAUUUUCCAGCUUGGAGAAGGGCUUCUCCUCAUUGCCAUCUUUCGGUGCUAUGAGAAAAUCAAGCCUUCCAAGCAUAAAACAGAAAUGAUCUACAAAGCUGACACAACUGAAGAAACCAUUCCAACAGCUCUGGGAAAUGGCACCCACAAAGGGGAGGCGUGCCCCCCUUACACAGCCUAGCCUUCCCCAGUGACCUGGAUUCUGGUCAGAAGGCAAUUCAGAAAGCCAACGUGGCAAAAUAUACACAGAGCAGAAAGAUGAAAACACCAUCAGGGGGGUCUGAGUCUUUCUCUAGCAUUUCCAGCAAAAACUACCAGAAUCAUCAAGCCUUGCGUGGAGGACAAACUGGCAGUCUACCCCAAAAAGCCUCACCUAUUCCCAGCUUAGAACUUGAUACUUGUCUAAAAAAUAAAAGACUUAUUCAAUGACAGCCCUGCGAAGGCAGGAACCAAAAGUGCCUUUUGCCCUUGCAUCUCUAGAACAGUGCCUGAUAGGCAUAAAAAAGCAAUUUCUGAACUAGUCAAUAAAUGGGUUUUUACCCUAAAAUCAAAUACCCAAAUUCUGUUCCAAGUUUUGUGACCCAAAAGGGAAAUACAUGCUCAGAGUACUGUAGGAUUAAUAGACUUCAGAAGUCCUUUCUAACCUUAAAUAUUCAGAUCCCAUUCCUUCCCUUUUGACGUCACUGGAAUUAAAGCUCCUGAGAACAUGACACCAAGUAUGCAAAAGCAGACAAAAUAAAGUGCAAAAACAGUUGGGUAAGACAAACUCAAAACCUCAGCUAUAAUGAAAUGAAAGAACAUUUUAAGAACACAAUUCCAGAAGAGAAGGAAAACUUUAAAAAAGAAAAGCCAGAAAACAAGUACAAAUACCAACAGAAUAGUUUCACUAAUCUAAUCAUCUAUCCCAUCACUUCAUUAGGUAUCAGUAGUUUUCACAUUAUGCUCCCUCCAAAUUCAGAGUACUGUACGCUAUUGCUGAAAUUAGUGGUUGCUAAGUCAAAGUAAAGUAACUAAAAUCCUUAAGUUUCAAAUUUUCCCCAAUGAAAUUCAGACGUUUUCCAUCUGGCUCAUAGGCAUAAAAAACUAGGUGACAGGGCUUC